CAGAUGAGUCCAUCCCCACCCCAUCGAACAGCUUCAACCAUGCCAAUAGACGCUCUACCCAACUCUGCCACAAACCCGCUCUACAUUUAUCUUCAUCCACCCACAGAUGGAAAGUCAAAGUUUACUACAGGCGAUCUCGUACAAGGUAAACUUCAGGUGCAAAUGCUUGGCUACCAUCAAGAGAUAACAUGUACUCUCAAUGGAUUCAUGAAUUGCAAUGUGAUCGAAGAUGGAACAGUCCAAAGUUACUCCACCGCACUCUUCAAGAUCCACAGCAACAAGUACCAAGUUUACGGUAUCGACUCAACUGGUGCCCUUGGCCGCCGCGAGUUCCCUUUCCAGUUCAGAUUCCCAGACACAGUAGAGCUCCCACCACAUCCAGCGUUCCUUCAACGAUCAGGCUUCGAGUGCAGCAUUGGGCAUACUCCUCCGCCAAGCUCAAUAUCGAACAUGCUUCAUUCUCACAGCUCACAAAUCAAGUACUACAUAGAAGCCACUAGUGUGCGGGCGCGUGGUAACAUUCGAGGUCUGACCGUUCGUCAAAACAUAUCGUACAUACCGCCUACACCGUCUACUAUCAAGGAUAUGGCAGGAGACAGCCUCAUCCCGCAGGCUUCUAUCAGUGGCCCAUCUCAUUUCGUCCACAUUCAAACAAACAAGCUUCGCCCAGAAUCUGCACGAAGUGAUAGUCUCUUGGAGAGGCUCAAAUCGAAGAGGCACGAAGUCGCCCCGAGUGUUUCCUUCUCGAUCUCUGCGCAUGUCCCUCAGAUAGCCAUAAUGGGGCAAUCCCUCCCGAUCACUUUGUCCCUAGAGCAAACGCACUCUGAUCUAUCGGACGGGCAAUUCCCUGAGCUGUUUUUGCAAAAGAUUUGCAUAAAGCUCACCAGCAAGGUCACAGUCCGCGUGCCGGUACUUGCUACUGGCAGAGACACCGAUUUCACCACCAGCCAGGAACAUAUCCUAAAGGAUGCUGAAUUUCCUAAGAACUCGCGCUUGAUAUAUGACGGGGUUAUGGUUGAAGAGUUGACCCAGGGCACUGGCGAUGUCACUGUUCCUCGAAUUAUCUUACCAGGUUUCUCCAGCUAUGCAAUCAAUAAUGCCUGGGAAAUUCAGAUCAUAAUUUGUGGAAUAUGUGCGGGAGAGAAGUUUACACGGGUGGUCUGCAAGGGACCGAUCAGGGUAUAUUCUGGGUUCGUCCGCAGCCCAGUCUCUCGGGAUGAUGACCACGCACUAGAGGGAGAAGAAAUUCCGCCAACCGAAGAGUUACCCACCUACGAGCAAGCAAUUCGGAGUUCAUGAGCGCUAUAGAUAUCAGAUCUUAUGGCUUGUUGCCUAUUUUCCGCCUGCCCCUUUGAUCACAAAUCAGAGUAUCGCUCGAAAGCUCUACCCCAUACGUAUAAGACCCAAUUCGAACACUGUAUAGCUUCGUUGAAGCCUCUACACAGUGCCGCAAAAUAUUGGCCAUUUCUGCGUUUAGGGUGUGCUUUCCCAGCGUGUGCACUGAAUCAGGAUAUGGAUCAGCCAACGUUACUCUGGGUGGCUGCUCAUUCUAUUUCUCAGGGAAUUGAGGGUGCGAAUCUUGUUGACAUUUGCAUAGCGCAGUAUGAAUAACUGCACGUCACUUUUCUAAAGCUCAUAUUUACAGUGCCA